AUGGCCGCGAAUCCGACCACGCCUCUUCUCCCCACCACAGCCUCCUCCCAGAAAGCAUUAAGCAGCACCUGGAACGAUUUCUGCGAUUUUGCGCUCAGGGACAAUGUGCUUGAAGUAGCGGUAGGACUUAUCCUCGCUGCGGCAUUCGGUACCGUGGUCUCCAGUUUUGUCAGCGAUAUUCUAUUGCCUCCCAUCUCAUUAUUACCGUUCUUGAGCCGCAACUUGGAUGAGAGGUUUGCGACUCUGAGACAUGGUCAGAAUGUGACACUGGGAUACAACACUGUUCAGCAGGCGCUUGAGGAUGGGGCUAUCGUUAUGGCCUAUGGGUGA